AUGGCAAUCAUCAACUUCUUGACUACUGCACUGGCCCUGGCGGCCACAGCCGUUCAAGCAGCCCCUUCCUCCUCAUCUCUCGAGACGCGGGCGACCGAGAUUUUCUUCGAGGACCAAUUUACUACACUCGACCAGGCACGAUGGUAUUGCGAAUACGGCAAUUGCCCCAGAAUGGUCAAUGAUAUGGCCAAAUUCGAGCUCGCUGCCAACACGCGCAACGCCAACAGCAGCAUCAUUCUGAACAACCAGCAGUUCACAUGGGGCAUCUUCAGAUUCUCCCUCUCCCUCUCGCCCCAGCCAGCUGCCCGUGUCUUCUGGGGUGCUUCUCUGUACAACAACGGCCCCAAUGAGGAUGGGUCUCUCUACAGCCAAAUCGACUUCGGCUUCUACACGGACAACACCAAAUUCUCCAACUCGCAGCUCUUCCUCGAGAGCGCUGUGAGCGGUCAGCGCAAGACCAUCGACAUCACUGCCAACGGCAUCAACUUUUACGACGGCAACCCCAAGACGUUCCAGCUCGAGUUCAACGCCACCAGGCUUUCUCUGAGCAUCAACGACGUGUAUGUCGCCGGCCAUAACGAGGCCGCCUUCCUUCCGUCUCUCCCGCUGACCUUCUCGAUGGGUCCCCGCGUGCUGAGCGAUAGCACCAGUCUCUUGACCGAGACAUGGUCUCAGAACGUCGACUACCUGCUGGUCAACGGUGGCGCUCCCGCUUAA